CCAAUAUGUCCUACCCGUACAAGAAUGACGGUCAUGGCUUUAACUAUGACAUGCAUAACGCCGCGAUGGGUAUACACGAAGUUGUGCAUCCCCACCAAGUAAGCGGUGACUCGUUUCUUGGGAGCAAAGGUAUUUCUAAUUCGCCAGCGUCGUCUUCUAGUACCUCUCGCAGAGCGGAGACAUUUGUCCCGAUGAACAUUCAACGGGGUCACAGAGACGGCUCUUGGACUGUUCUUUUUCAGGCGAAUGCAGAAAGAAACAGUAUGAGCAUUCCGUUGCAUGAAUGUAUCUACCCCAGCGGUGGAAUGCGUUUGAAAGACGCCCAAGAGAUCAUGUUCCCGACCCUCGACCGCAAUCAGGCCAGGGUUUUCAACCUCAUCAUCGCUUGGCCCGGAUACGACACAUUGGAGUACCCUAUUGACAUCGGGACGAAUGAAGCGCCCAUCACAAGGGGUGGGCUCGCGCGUCAAAUCGCAUAUCAAUUUUUCGGGUUUUUUACCCAAUGCAAUAACGGUAUGCUUACUCAGAAGUCUGAUUUCAAGUGGAAAGUUGGAGGGCCCGACGGGUAUUCGUUUAAUCAAAUGAACCUCUCGACAUUCUGGAACGUCGAAGGCACUUCCUGGAGUGCCUCCGUCAGAGUCCUGACUGUUGUUUAGCAUUAACUUGUUAUCUUCC